UAAAAAAAACCGCAAAAAACAAACAUGGCGUUGCUUGUCUACAUGGUCGCGAGAGGUUUUCUGCUGUGAAGCCAACAUCCUAAUAAGCCCUAAAAGUCAGCCGUCUCAACUCAGUUUCUUCCCCAACUCACCUCUCUUUCAGUUCUCAGGUGGAUCGGAGGUUUCAUUUUCUUUCUUUUUUCUAUUGGAUAAGGAGGGUAGAGGAUAAAAAUAUUAGUAAUGGCAGAAGCGGAACCACUGGAGAUGGCAUAUAUAUCAGAGGUGAUAUUGAAGAAAAGGAAGCACAAGGAAGAAUCGAUUGCACUUACGAGGAAAACCCAGUUGGAGUUGGGGCAACAUGGUGGGAAGAAGAGGAAAUUGGAGGAUAUUAAAAGGCCUGAACAGCUUGUCAGGGAGUUUAGGGACAGGGAAUUGGACCUCAUCCGAAUGAAACAGAGAACUAAGAGGGCAAAAUCAGCAUUGUCCACACCAAAUUCAAAGCUUCUAUUUGUCAUUCGUCUACAUGGCAAAAAUGACAUGCAUCCAAAAACCAGGAAGAUCUUGUACAACCUGAGAUUGACAAGAAUCUUUCAUGGUGUCUUCUUGAAGGCCAGCCCAGGGGUAUUAGAAUUGCUACAAAAGGUGGAGCCAUAUGUUACAUAUGGGUAUCCAAAUGUUAAGAAUGUGAGUGAUCUGAUUUACAAGAAGGGUUAUGGAAAGAUUGACAACAAAAGAGUUCCACUAAUUGAUAAUAACAUUAUCGAACAGGCAUUAGGGAAGUAUGGCACUCUAUGUCUAGAAGACAUUGUACAUGAAGUUGCCAAUGCUGGUCCACACUUCAGGGAGAUCCUUAAUUUUUUGGGGUCAUUUUCACUUAACAAGCCAAAAGAAGGAUUGCAAGGGAAAAGGGCAUUAUUCAAAGAUGCAGGAGACACUGGGAAUCGUGAGAACCAGAUUAAUGAUUUAAUUGAUAAGAUGAAUUAACAUAUGAAACAGGUCCCAUGAUGAAGUGUAAUUCACCUAACCUUCAAAAAUCAUUUCAGCUCUUCUGAUUUUUCUAGUUUCUUUUCUUUUUGUAAGCAAUAUCUCUUCUUGCAACAUUAAAGUCUGUUAACGAGGGAUGAAUGGACAGGUGGAGGGGUGGAAUAUGUGUUUGUAUCCUUUUCUGUUCUGUACUCGUGGUAUUGACAGGGACAUCUGCAGGAAAGACGUGAAUUAAAGGAAAAAUAUUUUUCUUUUA